GUGAGGAUACAGCUGGGGUUCCAUCAUCUCUUCGUCUUUCUUUUUCAUUCAUGGAAUUUGACAUGGUAAAAUAAAAAUGAAUGAUAAUAAUAAUGUUAAGAUCCUGAUAACGGAACUCAAAAGCUCCCUGGAGGAGUAGAAGUGAAGUCCAGGCCGCUGACUGAAGUGUGAAGAUGAGAAGUUUGCUCCUCGUCUCCUUGUGUUUCUCCACGUGUCCUUUCCUGGCCGACAGCCGACACCCAACCUGCAACUUCAUGCUGGAGGUGGAGAGGGACCAGCUGGAGUGUGUGAAGCGGCUGCGGGAGGAGGACGAGGAGGAGGAGGUCGCCGACGUCCGCCGCAAAGAUCCCGGUUGCAAAGGAACAUGGGACAACAUAGCUUGUUGGGAUCGAGCUGAGAUCGGAGAGACGGUCACAAUCCCCUGUCCUCGAGUCCUCAAGACUUUGUUCGGCAGAAACGGUAACAUCAGCAGGAACUGCACGUCAUCGGGAUGGUCGGAGGUUUUCCCAAACAUCAGUAGCGUGUGCGGUUCGGACCCGAGCCAGGACAAGCUGGUUUUCUACAUCGUCGUGCGGACGCUCUACACUCUGGGUCACAGUCUGUCCCUGAUCGCCCUCGCCACAGGGAGCGCCGUCCUCUGUCUGUUCCGGAAGCUCCACUGCACCAGGAACUGCAUCCACCUCAACCUCUUCGUCUCCUUCAUGCUGAGAGCCGUGGCCGUGCUGGUGAAGGACGACAUCCUCUUCAGCCGAACCUCGCAGUGCUCCAACCAGCCGUCGCUGGUGGGAUGUAAAGCCAGCCUGGUGUUUUUCCAGUACUUCAUCAUGGCAAACUUCUUCUGGCUGCUGGUGGAGGGCCUGUACCUCCACACCCUGCUCGUCGCCAUCUUCUCCGAGAACAGACACUUCAUCGUCUACAUGUUCAUCGGCUGGGGAGUCCCCACUGUGUUCGUCUCUGCGUGGGCGAUGACGAGGGUUUAUGUGGAGGACACCGGAUGCUGGGAGAGAAACGACAACCCUCUACCCAACUGGGUGAUCAAUGGACCGAUUGGAUUCUCCAUUUUGGUGAAUUUCAUCCUGUUCGUCAGCAUCAUUCGGAUCUUGGUCCAGAAGCUGAGGUGUCCUGACGUGGGCGGCAACGACCAAUCACAGUACAGGAGGUUGGCCAAAUCCACUCUCCUGCUCAUCCCUCUGUUUGGGAUCCACUACGUGGUCUUCGUUUCGCUCAGCGAAUCCAUCGCGGAAGAUUAUAAGAUCUUCUUUGACCUGGCCCUCGGAUCCUUUCAGGGUCUGGUGGUGGCCAUUCUCUACUGUUUCCUCAACACUGAGGUUCAGGGCGAGCUGAAGAGGAAGUGGCGCAGCAUGUGUCUGAACUGCCGCCUGAGCAGAGGUCGCCACUUCAGCAGCCGCUUCGCCUCCAGGAACGGCUCCGAGCACAUGGUGCAGUUCCACCGCAACUCCAGAACCCCGUCCAUCCUGCAGUCGGAGACCACGGUGCUGUGAGGACCAGGAGCGACAACCAACGACGGUCGUCAGGGUUUGUUUGUUUUUUUGCUUUAUGAACCUCGGUGAGACAUCAGAUGGUCCCGUGAUUGCACCUGAAGUACUUGUGACGUGUCCCAUGAGGGUGCACUGGGGGUUUUUGCCGCCAAACGAAGUCUCGCGUGUACUCAGUGUCGUUACGUCGUGUUAGCAGUGAGAGGUGAGAGUUGGAAGGCGAACGAUCACAACCUGCUUUUCCUGCGGCGGUGCACAUGAGGGAGGUAUGAAAUGUACAUACUUAAACUUGUAUAUUUUAUACGGAUAAAUGAAAUAUUUAUGAAUAUAUAGACACGGUGCCAUUCUUGUCAACCCUGAAGUUUGAACCAAGCUGCAGAAAACAGGGCUCUUGUCCCUUACUGUCCUUUUACUGUACCUAGCUCCCAACAUGUACGUAUGUUUACACCUGUUUUUUCGUAAGCAGGUUUUUACAAUAAACAUAUUUCUCAUGAGAGAAGUCCCAAGUGGAUACUGGACCCUAAAAUUAAAUUAAAAAAUGAUAAUAAUUCUUAGCUUUUGAACGUGAAUGGUGUUCAGAUGAUGGUUUUAUUCAUGCAGCAAGUGUUACCCAGCUGUUGCAUGAUAUUCUGUGUUUGCCUUUGUUUCAUUGCUGCUGGUGUGUGACUGUCAACGUGUCAUUUUCUUGUACAAUGUAAUUUAAAAUAUGCAAUAUGCUAUAUUAUCUUUUCCAUGUUGUAUUUAAUAAGAAAUAACUAUGGUGACACUUGACUUAAGACAUACGGAAUAGGUUUAUUUUGGGCAAUCACAUUUUCACAUUAUUUAUUAUCUAUUCAUUAGCCAUAAAACCAUACUCCCUCCUCAGCUAAUUAACUGAUCUGAAAUUAAUUAAUUUAGAUUAUUUGGGGAUUUUGUGGUUGGUCCUAUUUUAAAUGAAUUAUAUUUGAACAAUGAUGACAAACAACUAUCCUACAGUAAGUAGCAGCCAGACCCCACUGUGCCUGACUUGAAUUCUCAUUUGUUGUCCAGAAUCGGGGGAGCAAAAUAUGUAAAUGUUUUUUGCUGAAUUUGGGCAGUAGAAUGACCUGGAAUCUCCUGAUUUGUAUACACACACCUGAGUAUCAUCUGCAUAAUAGCAAACUUUUCUUUAUCAACUUCACAGGUGAGGUUUGUAUGCAUGUAGAUCGAGAUUAAUAGGGGGCCAAGUAUUAAACCUUGUGGAACUCCACAGGCUGUGGAAGACCUGUGAUACAACUGAGAGAAUGAAAUUAAAUUAUAUCUUCAAGUUUCAGAAUGACUGACUGUGAAACCUGUGGAUUGAGCAAACACACUCCCCAAAAGUGGAAAAUGGUUAAUAUAUAUAAUAUAUAGAAGUGUCCCACGAGGAUGUAAAAGUAAUGCGUAAAUAUACAGGUAUGAAUUCAGAAAGAUAUUAUAGUUUUUGUAAAAAAUUUAAAUAUGUGUUUACCUUGACAGUAUUAGUUGCGAUUGCAAUUUUUUUUCAUUAUCUGUUAAUCUGAUGAAUAUUCCCUUAAUAAAUUUUGGGUCUGUCAUAUAAAAAAGUAGAAAUGGCAUCUUCAUAUGGUUUAUUUUAUUGACCAACAGUCAAAAAACCUGAUGAUAUUUAAAUUAAUGUCAUGGAAGACCGAAGGAAACCAACAAAUAUUUAUAUCUAAGAAUCUGAGACCAGGGAAUGUUUAAUGCUUAAAUAGAGAAUUAAACAAUUAAUCAUUUUUCUAAAUGUUUGCGAUCAAGGACAAACGAAUUAGAUAAAAUAGUUUUGUCACGGUACACAAACAAAUGCAUUAGUUUAUAAGAAAUAUGUUUUAAAUACACAGUUCAAGGAAAAGUAACUGUAUGGAGGCUCUCAGCUGCCAUGCAAAUAUCGAACAUUAUAACCCAACACUGCUGCAUGCCUUAAGGAAAGUGUUACCAAAUCUAUUGUAAUCACGGUGCCACCAUCUUAUUUGAUGUUUCAAUAGACGUCUACGUGACUAUAGGUGGUUAUUUGUGUACAAAACACUGUAGACCACGUAUACAAUGCAGUGUCAGCUUGUGGAGUGAUUUCAUAUUCAAUGUUGACUGACAUGACACAUGUAUUGAGACGCUAUGAAUGUCAUGCAGAGGAUGAUUGAUAAAGGCUAUGUUUGUAAGCGUUGUACUACGUGAAUGUGACUCUUUGGAAUUUGUUUUAAUUCUGUUCAUGUGCGUUCAGCAGAGGGGACAGGACUCCAGAUAUGUCAAUCAAAGACUUUAUAUGAAAAUGGACGUGUUCACCAGGUCCAGAAAAUUAAGCUAAUGCUGAAUAACCUGAAGCCUGUAUUCUCUGUUAUGACCAGCAGAGGGCGACUCUAUGAGAACAUGACUCUACUUCUCACUUGGU